AGCAAGGACUCUUGGAUGUGCCUACAGGGUCAUACAGACAUCUUGGUGGGAGUGAAAGCAGAGAUGGGAACACCGAAGCUGGAGAAACCAAAUGAAGGCUACCUGGAAUUCUUUGUUGACUGUUCAGCCAAUGCCACUCCAGAAUUUGAAGGGCGAGGAGGCGAUGACCUUGGCACGGAGAUCGCAAACACUCUCUAUCGGAUAUUUAACAACAAGAGCAGUGUAGACCUGAGGUCCCUCUGCAUCAGCCCUCAGGAGCACUGCUGGGUUCUCUACGUGGACGUGCUGCUGCUGGAGUGUGGUGGGAAUCUGUUUGACGCCAUUUCCAUUGCUGUGAAGGCUGCUCUCUUCAACACAAGGAUACCAAGGGUUCGUGUUCUAGAGGAUGAAGAAGGAGCGAAGGACAUUGAACUGUCUGAUGAUCCUUAUGACUGCAUCCGACUGAGCGUAGAGAAUGUCCCCUGCAUUGUCACCCUGUGCAAGAUUGGCUGCCGGCAUGUGGUAGAUGCCACACUUCAAGAGGAGGCCUGUUCCUUGGCCAGCUUGCUGGUGUCGGUGACAAGCAAGGGAGUUGUGACGUGCAUGAGGAAAGUGGGGAAGGGAAGCCUGGACCCCGAGAGCAUCUUCGAGAUGAUGGAGAGCAGUAAGCGAGUGGGCAAGGUGCUGCACAUGUCUUUGCAGAGCCUUCUGCACAGCGAGGAAAGCCUGGGGCCCAAGAGGCCGAAAGUCGGGUUCCUGGGAUGACCGCUCAUCGCCGUGAUGGACAGUGCUUGUUUCA